GAAAUGAUUCGCGAUAGCGUGCGAGUGAGGCCAAAGCACGGAAAAAUGUCGGGGGUCAGUAAACAAUGAUUUCGAGCCUUGGAAAAAUUAACGGACCGACCGUCAGACAAGAUGGGGCCCACAGGCCGAGAGAGCGGGCGUGGGUGGCCCAUUAGCCGUGGGCGGUCGGGGCGUUAUAAAAGACGCUUGGGAUUUGCUCAAAAACGGUAACAAAGCGGUGGAGCUAGUUCGGUUAGAGAAGCAGUUGGAAGAACUCAGCAUGAAUGAAGGAGAGGCGAUUGAAUCCUACGUUGAUAGAGUUACGGUGAUCCUCGAAGAUAUGAGUCGUUUGAACAGAGUGAAAUCCAAGUACGAGGUUAACAUGAAGGUGCUGAGUUCGCUCAAGAUGCCGUAUAAGAUCGCAGCCCCGUGUUUGGAAGAGAACGCGGAGAUUAUGGAGAACAUGCCUCUUGAAAGUCUUCCUGAUUUUUUCGAUUUUUAUGAUUUUGUAUCCGAGGAGGUUUGCCUUCUGAUGGUGAAGGGUGUGAGUCUUGACUCGAAGCGUGGCAAGUGGUGUGGUAUGUGCAAGAAGAGGAACCACAACGAGGAGGAUUGUUAUUACAACCCUAGAAACGGGAGUUCGAGUGGAGCAAGGCGUGGUAAGUGCUUUCAGUGUGGAGAACGAGGGCACUAUGCGAGAGACUGCAAGGGAAAGAAUCAGGAGCAGCAAGUGGAGGAAGUUGAAGUUGAGUACUUGAUGCACGCAGAGGAAGCUUUAGGUGAUGGAACUUGUGAUGAGGAUGUGUGGAUGGUACACCCCUGUGGUACCACGAACCAUAUGACUCCAAACGACAAGUACUUCUCUGCUUUAGACAGAGCACAUAAAGCGUAUGUUGGAUUAUCAGACGGAAAAGUUCUCAGAGUGGAAGGAAGAGGAGAUGUGAAGAUUGUGAUGAAGGAUGGGAAGAAGAAGAAGACGAUGAAGAACGUGCUUUUCGUUCCUGGGUUGAAAGAAAACGUGCUGAGUCUUGAUCAGUUGACCGCAAGAGGCUAUUCAGCAAGAAUGGAACCAAAGAAAUGCACCUUCCACGACCGAACUGGGGCGGUGUUUGGGGAGCCUGUGUGGGAUGAGAGAGGACCAGCUCUGCGUUUGAAUGUGGUUGAAGAAGGUAAUCUCACCUCUUAGUUAGCUCUAUGCUUUGCACUUUGGUACUGAACGUAACUCGAAAGGUGGACGUAUGUGUUGUUUUCUCUUUUGGUUUGGUGUUAUCAUGUUUUCAGUUUGGUCGUUUUAUUGCUAGUUUGCUACUGCAGUAGUAUGAAUCAGUCUGUGUUGUCUUUUAAUCCUUGGACGGCUUUGGUAUUAAUCUAGUUUCCAAACAUUUUUCUUGGUGUGGUUAAUCCCAAGUUUAAACAAUCAACAAAACUCUUGUGACCAUCGUUGGAGAGAAUUACUUGCGUGCGGUGUAAGGUUUAAUAACUUAAAUCGGAUCAACCCAUUUAAACUAAACCAGACCAACCCGUAUUUGAUUUCGAAAACUCCGUAUCAACCGAAUUCAAAGAGUGAAUAGGCUUGGCAUUUAACCGAAUUCUAAACUUAAUUCGAGCCCAACAAAAUAGGAAUCCGGUAGGAAUUUUUUUUUUCUGAUAAAAAGAAAUACCCGAAUGAUUCGGUAAUGUUUAUACUUUGAUAUUGAGUAUUAGGCAUGGGCAUAGAAACCGAAAAUCGAACCGGAACCGAACCGAAUCGGAAACCGAACCAAAGUUCAAAGAUAACCGAACGGUUCCUAUAUUUCUAUAACCGAAAAACCGAAACCGAACCGAAAACCGAAUGGGUAUCCGAAUAUCCGAAAUAAAAUUUAUAUACCUAAAAAUAUUAAUUAUAUUCAGUAUUAAAAAUACUAAAUAUUCAAAACUCACUACUUAUAUACCGAACUAUCCAAAAAAAUCGAAAUACUCGAAUAUUUUUUUUUAUCUAGAGUAUUUUAAAUUAUCCAAAUUAUCCUAAAGAACCGAAUUACCCGAAUAGUUUUUAUCCAAAAUAAUAAAAUUUAUCCAAAUUACACCCUAUUUAUAUCCAAAAAAUCUCCAAUAAAUUGUUUUUUACCCCGAAUCAUCCAAAAUUAACCCAAAAAAACCGGAACCGAACCGUAACUGAAUUGAAACCACAAAUUUAUUGGAAAUUAGUCGGUUCUUAUAAUUGUUAUCUGAACCGACCCGAAACCGAAAAGAAACGAACCGGAUCCGAACUGAAUUUCAUAGAUAACCGAAUGGUUCAUAUAUUUUUAUAACCGAAAAACCGAGAACCGAACCGGAACCGAACCGAACGCCCAGGCCUAUUGAGUAUUUUGGAGAACCUAUUGUAAUCGAAAUCCAAACUAAAAUUUGAAAAUAUUUGAAGAUUUCGACAGUUUUUAUACCAGUUUUUUUUUUUUUUUUGUAAAUUCAAAUAU